AUGCAUUUAACACGGCCAAAAUCCUCCAAGGGACGAAGCAGACCCCCAGUGGAUGGUUCUUUCUAUGCUGCUGACACGGACUACAGCACCCAAAGGUCACCCACGUCUCCAGACUCUCCUUCAUACUUCAGCAGGCCGGAUAGAAACCUCCGCUCUCAGUCCCAGCCUAUUAUGUGGCAGACUGGGCACCUGAGCCAGGACGAAGUCCUGCAGAUGCUCCAGCAGGCUCCUGCUGUUCCACCUCAGUCCUUAAACAAGUACAAAGUCCUUCCAUCCAUAGAGAGGAGGCAUUCAGAGGUGAGAGGCCUGGAGAGACAAACGGCCCAUCUUCACCUGUGUGAUCAUGAAGGGCCACACCCCCCCAGCAUCUCUGAGAGGGACCCAAAACCUCCUCCAGAUCCAGGACCAGAGGGAAACAAAGAAUCUGGUUCUUUUGGCAGUUUGCUCCUGGCUAUAAGAGCACCAUGUGGCAGGAGGUUUCAGCAGCAGUUUGACCCAGCAGACACCCUGCUGAAGGUAAAAGCCAGCGCAGAGGUCAGGUAUGGAGUCCAGUAUGGAGAGGCUUCUAUUGAGACCAUGGAUGUGCCACGCAGGACCUUCACAGACAUGGAGAUGACUUUAGCCCAGUGUGGCAUCAUCAACAAAUCUGUGCUUUGCAUUUUUUACAAUGACAGUGAGGGGGAGAAGGAAUCAGGAUAG